UGGCCUCGCAUAUUGUUGCUCGAAGGAGACCGCGUCGACGUCUGACUAAACUCGCGGCGUCUUACCUUCCGGCGAGGCGCCGGUGCUCCGCUCUUCCGAACCUGUCCUCGGCUUCUCUGCUGCAGGGACUGGAAGAAGGCACCUUGGCGCGGCCCGAGAACGAUUCGGGAAGCCUAAGCGUUUGCCUCAUCACUCCACUCAGCGCCAUGUCUUGGAUGUUCAAGAGAGAUCCUGUUUGGAAGUACUUGCAGACUGUCCAAUAUGGAGUCCAUGGAAGUUUUCCACGCCUCUCAUAUCCAACUUUCUUUCCCCGUUUUGAAUUCCAAGAUAUUAUUCCUCCAGAUGACUUCCUAACAAGUGAUGAAGAGCUAGAUUCAGUUUUAUUUGGAACUUUAAGAGGUCAUGUGGUUGGACUACGCUAUUACACAGGAGUUGUUAAUAAUAAUGAAAUGGUUGCAUUGCAAAGAGAGCCCAGUAAUCCCUAUGAUAAGAAUGCAAUUAAAGUAAACAAUGUGAAUGGAGAUCAGGUUGGCCAUUUAAAGAAAGAUCUUGCAGCUGCUUUAGCCUAUGUCAUGGACAACAAAUUGGCACAAAUUGAAGGGGUAGUUCCUUGUGGUGCAAACAAUGCUUUUACCAUGCCUCUGCAUAUGACUUUUUGGGGGAAGGAAGAAAACAGAAAAGCAGUUGUAGAUCAGUUGAAGAAACAUGGAUUUAAAUUGGGUCCUGCACCAAAAACUUUGGGAUUCAGUUUGGAAAGUGGUUGGGGCUCUGGAAGAGCUGGACCAAGCUAUAGUGUGCCAGUUCAUGCUGCGGUACAGAUGACAGCUGAACAGCUUAAGACAGAAUUUGAUAAGCUGUUUGAAGAUUUAAAAGAAGAUGACAAAACUCAUGAAAUGGAACCAGCUGAGGCUAUUGAAACGCCAUUACUUCCACAUCAAAAACAAGCUCUAGCUUGGAUGGUUUCACGGGAAAACAGUAAAGAACUUCCACCAUUUUGGGAACAGCGAAAUGACUUAUACUAUAACACAAUAACAAAUUUUUCUGAAAAGGAUCGACCAGAAAAUGUCCAUGGAGGAAUUCUAGCUGAUGAUAUGGGUUUGGGCAAAACUCUUACAGCCAUUGCAGUAAUUCUUACAAACUUUCACGAUGACAAACCACUUCCUGUUGAAAGAAUUAAAAAGAAUCAACCAAAGAAGGAAUGUAGUGUUAAGGAUGAUUCUAUGAAACUUGAAGGAAACAACAAUGAGAAGGCAGACGGACUAAUCAAAGAAGACUCUAGAUGUAGUGGUGAUCCCAGUAUUUCAGAUAUCAAGGAAAAGAAUAAAUAUCCCAAGUCAGAGUUGUCUAGCUCCCGCCCCAAAAGAAGAAAAACUGCUGUACAGUACAUUGAAAGCAGCGAUUCAGAGGAAAUUGAAACAAGUGAAUUGCCACAGAAAGUGAAAGGCAAACUGAAAAAUACACAAUCAGAUGCCAAAAGCAGAGUAAAAGCAGGAUCUUCUAAAGUUAAGGAAGAUGCAGAGUUUGCGUAUGCUCUUGUUUCAUCCCCUGCAACAAAAAAGAAAAUGUUGAAAAAGGGAGCAUCUGCAGUAGAAUGUUCAAAGAAAAUUGAUGUGGAAGGGACACCAAGAACAACACUGAUCAUCUGUCCUCUUUCUGUAUUAAGCAAUUGGAUUGACCAGUUUGGACAACAUAUCAAAUCAGAUGUGCACUUGAAUUUUUAUGUUUAUUAUGGUCCUGACCGUAUCAGAGACCCAACCUUGCUUUCAAGACAGGAUAUUGUUUUGACUACAUACAAUAUUUUAACUCAUGAUUAUGGAACUAAAGGUGAUAGUCCAUUACAUAGCAUAAGGUGGCUAAGAGUAAUCCUGGAUGAAGGACAUGCCAUACGAAAUCCAAAUGCUCAGCAGACAAAAGCUGUACUUGAUUUAGAAGCAGAAAGAAGAUGGGUUUUGACAGGCACUCCAAUUCAAAAUUCUUUGAAAGACUUGUGGUCUCUUCUCUCCUUUUUAAAACUUAAGCCAUUUAUUGAUAGAGAGUGGUGGCAUAGAACAAUACAACGUCCUGUCACAAUGGGAGACGAAGGAGGACUUAGGCGUUUACAAUCCCUAAUUAAAAAUAUUACACUUAGAAGAACAAAGACAAGCAAAAUUAAAGGAAAACCUGUUUUGGAGUUACCAGAACGUAAAGUAUUUAUUCAGCACAUUACACUUUCAGAUGAAGAGAGAAAGAUUUAUCAGUCUGUGAAAAAUGAAGGCAGAGCUACUAUUGGAAGGUAUUUUAAUGAAGGGACUGUCCUUGCACAUUAUGCAGAUGUCCUGGGUCUUUUGCUUAGAUUGCGGCAGAUAUGUUGUCAUACUCAUCUUCUUACAAAUGCAGUGUCUUCAAGUGUAACCUCAGCCUUUUCUUUAGGAAAUGAUACACCUGAAGAACUACAGAAGAAGUUAAUAAGGAAGAUGAAAUUAAUUCUGAGCUCAGGUUCUGAUGAAGAAUGUGCAAUUUGCUUGGAUUCUUUAACAGUUCCUGUCAUAACACAUUGUGCACAUGUCUUUUGUAAACCCUGUAUUUGUCAGGUCAUUCAGAAUGAACAGCCACAUGCUAAAUGCCCUUUAUGCAGAAAUGAUAUACAUGGAGACAAUUUAUUAGAAUGUCCUCCAGAAGAAUUGGCAUGUAACACUGAGAAAAAGUCUAACAUGGAAUGGACAUCCAGUUCAAAGAUUAAUGCUUUAAUGCAUGCAUUAAUUGACCUAAGGAAGAAGAACCCCAACAUAAAAAGUUUAGUUGUUUCUCAGUUCACAACAUUUCUGUCUUUAAUAGAGACACCUCUCAGAGCCUCUGGAUUUGUGUUUACUCGUUUGGAUGGUUCUAUGGCCCAAAAGAAAAGAGUUGAAUCAAUUCAGUGUUUUCAAAACACUGAAGUAGGAUCUCCAACUAUAAUGCUCCUUUCCUUGAAAGCAGGUGGAGUUGGUUUGAAUCUUUCUGCAGCUUCUCGAGUGUUUUUAAUGGAUCCAGCUUGGAAUCCAGCUGCUGAAGAUCAGUGCUUUGACAGAUGCCAUAGACUUGGCCAGAAACAAGAAGUUAUCAUCACAAAAUUCAUUGUGAAAGACUCUGUUGAAGAAAACAUGCUGAAAAUACAAAACACAAAGAGAGAACUUGCAGCUGGAGCCUUUGGAACUAAAAAGACAAAUGCUAAUGAAAUGAAACAAGCUAAAAUAAAUGAAAUCAGAACUUUAAUUGAUUUAUAAAUUGUGGGAUGUUGGUAAGAUUGUUUUUACAUAAAGGAGAUUGAAUUUCAGCAUCUGAAACUCAGAGAAAUGUUAUCAAAUAACAUUACCCAAGUAUAAAAAUGGAUUGCAAUCCAUUUUUGUAUUUGUAAUAAUACAAAAGCAGGAAAAAAAAGCAACCCAUGGCAAACUAUUUUACUUAAGGAGCCAAGUCUUGCUUAGCAUGCCCCAAGUCUCAGUGACAUUAAAAAGGUAAAACUGCAUAAUUAUAUUUAUAGAUGUUAUAUGGUAAUGUUUCCAGUACCACUCAAGGAGCUGAGUUUGUCUUUUGAAAAUUCUUCACUAAUUAGAAGUUAAGUCCCCUGAUAUGCAACAAACACUUCACCUCUUCAUUGUUCUAACAAAAACUUGAUUCCAUGUUGUAUUUAGUGUAAAUACUUCCUUAAUGUACGAAGUGAUUCUCAAACAUGAUUUGGGUUAGAGUCACCUGGAGUAGGUGAUAAUUAUCUGGAGUGGAGAUACUGUGGCCUUCAAACAACACCUAUUGAAUCAGAGUCUGUAGUUAUGAGGCCCAAAAAAAUGAUUGUCUUCAUUGUUUUCAGGAUCAGUCAAGUUGGAGACAGUUACUCAAGCCUUUAAUCUUUACUCUUUUUUUCCUCACUCUUACAUCCAUCCAAUCUAGUAGCAACUUCUUUACCUGCUUCAUUACUCUUGUUUCUCUCCAGGACGACUUGAGUAUACUAACUUACUUUACUAUCAAUUCUUAUGUCCUCAUUCAAAGUUUUUCCCAACAAUUGCAAAAGCAGUGUCCUUAAAAAUGUAAGUCACAAAGACAACCAUCUUUAGUGGCAAUGGAUCGAGACAACUGAAAUUCAUUCAUUCAUGAUUACUCGGGAUUUCAACAUCUUUUGAAACCUUAAUUACCUUUGAAAAAAGAUAGGACAUCAGUUUCUUGUUUUGUUAUAUUCAUGAUUGAAAGCAUUUAACCUACCUUUUCUAUAGAAAAUUUAACCUCAGGAUAACCAAGUGGUGGCUAUUUAAAAAUAUAACCUCAGGAUAACCAAGUGGUGGCUAUUUAAAAAUAUAUCAGCUAAUAAGUGAGCAUGAUCAUUUCUGCAAUCAAUGAAAUUACGUAUCUAGGCAGUGAUCACCAAUUCAGAAAAAAUCAUGAGAUUUGGCAGUACCACCACUUACAAAGAAUUGCUCCCCCACCUCAAGAAAAAAAAAAAUCCUAAUCUGACUGGUCCUCCAAGUCAGUGUAUAGGAAUAUAGAACAAGGAGACAUCAAAUUGCAAUCACUGCAAAUGAUAAAUGAAGGACUAUGAAACAAAAAUCUGGUUUCUUUUAACAAAUUGCAAGGAAAUUAAGAAAAAGCGAGGGUGAGGAAACAACUUUAUCAGUGAUAUGGGCCUGCCUUGUAUCUUAACAACAAAGUACAAAUAAAAAGUAAUGGAGGACAUUUACUAUUGAUACAUUUUUGGUGUGAUAAUUUUCUUGUAUCCUUAGGUUUUUAAGAUACGGGAAUAUUUUCAUAAAAAUUACCAAGGAUUUGCUUCCAAAUAAUCUGAGGUGGGGGAGAAUUGAUGGGAAUGUAAAUGUGAAACAAUUGCUGAAGCUGAAUGAUGGGAGUUCUUUACAGUAUUGUGCUUAUUUUUGUGUUUACAAUUUCCCAUUAAUAAAAAUACAAAUUACAUUAAUAAAACCUCAGUCACUUGCUGUAGAAUUAUAAUGAAGCCUGAACUCCAUAAAUGAGCCUGCAAAGUCACUCCCCACCUCUCCAUGCCGUCUUAAAAUCCUUUACUUCCACCAGGUUCUUGCCUAUUCCAGGGACUUUGCUUUAUACACUUCCCUCUAGAAAGAAUAUUCUUCCUUCUCCUUACCCUUUUGACUAUCUCAGAACCUCUUUUGGCUUAAUUUCCAUCUGAGAAAGUCUUUCCAGACUACCCUAAAUUGGACUUCCCACAUUAAUGUCAGUGUACUUAGUAUAGUUCAUAUUUGUUAGCUUUUUUGGUCAGUUUCCUAUAAGAUUAUAAGGAACUAUGCCUAUUCUGAACUGCCUGUGUUUCCAAUGCCUGUCACAUCAUGUGUGUGAUAUGGCAGGUACUUAGUACUUGUGGAAUGAAUAACGGUAUUUUCUGUCACCAGUGUGUAUGUUAGCUCAAGUUGUGCUUAAUGUGAAACCAACAUUUAAUAAAUAUUUUGGUAGUUAUUUCUGCAAUAAGUGCAAAUAUGUCUUUGAGACCAGACAGAUCUUUAUGAUGGGGAAGGUAAAAGCAAAACAGGGCUGAAAUGAGCUUUGGGGUUAUACUGUUUUAGGCUGUCCAGAAAUUUACUCUAAAGGUUCAUCUGUGUGUUACUGUAUAACAUUACAUGUAUUAUACUGUAUAACAUUACAUAUAUUAUACUGUAAAGAAUUUCAGUUUAGCCAGAUUUUUAAUGCAUUGGGUUUUCACUGGAAGACUUCAGUUCAUACUAUCCAUUGUGGAGAUUGUUAUACUAGGAGUAUAUGAGAGGUCUUUGUACCACAGCACCUGGAGGCACUUAAAAAUCUUUGGUAGUGUUCCACCAGUCCAGAUACUAUAGCUUAUUUUAUUUUAUCAUUUAACAUUUUAUAAUUUUAGGUAAUUCCUCAGGUUCUUUUUGAGCUUUUGUAGUAAUCAGCUGCUAUAGAGAUGGUCACAAUCAUUCUUGAUUCCAGGUUUCCAUACCCCUAUGUUGAAUGGGUUCCCCUGUGUAACCAAUAGGAUAUUAUGGAAGUAAAGGAGGGUGCCAUUGACCAACAGGUCAUAAAAACUGUUACAGCUUGUUCACAAUGCUUCUUUUUGUCAUCUUUUGUAAUGUUUCUUUCCAGUAAUUUCUGAUUACUGAACUUUAGUUUUAAACAGUCAUUUUAGACUUAAUCGUUCCCUUCUCCAGCAUGCCAUCCCUGCAACCUAGAAUCAUUUGUACAUUUAAUAAAUGUUUUAUUCUAUUAUUGUAAGUCAUAAAUAAAACACUAAAAGAUACUGGGUGCAGUACUGAUUCUAAUAGUCCAGGAAGAUUGUUGAGUAUGCUGAUUUCAAGCUUAUAGUAGUUUAAAAUUGUAGUACCCAUUUCUUAAUAGAAAUACAGUGUGGGUGACAGAUUAAAUAGAUUUUACUUCAUUUUCCUCCACCUAUCAGAUCCAUCAUCAUCUUUGGAGAACUCUAAAUUUUAAAGUAUCUCUGGAUAAUCUAGAAAUCAGUUUUUUUAGUAUAUUUACAAUGUCAAGUUUUACUCUGGUUU